AUGGCCGAUUUAAUUGCCUUUCAAACCACUCAUCAUAGCUUUUUCUCCCGAUCCAACAUGAUCCCCCGCAACGCUCACAAGAGGUCACUCUCCUCGGAGCACCGAUCCCUGUCCCCUGACCGGACCGUCACCAAGGCCAAAUCCACCACCAACCUGGCAGAUAUCGCUUCCUCCAACGGAAAGCCCAGAUCAAAGUUCGAUGACAGCAGUUUUAGCACCUUGCAGGAUCCGCGAUUGACGGACGGCUCGGAGGUUUCACAUUCGACGUCAUCGUCUCACCACCCCGAUUUGAGCAAUGAAGUCGCCGCUCUGUCCGUGAAAUUGAUCCAGGCUAUCAACAACCAAACAAAUCUUGAUGACAGCUUGGUCGCUACCCGCCAAGAAUUAGAGCUGGCCCAGGGCAAGAUUCAAGCUCUUGAAUUUCAAAAUGAUAAAUACCGCCGAGACUUGGAAAACAAGGUUUACAUCAAGAAAUCCGACUCGGACCGCGAAAUUCUGCAAUUACGAGAUGCACUUGCAGAAGAAACCACUCAACGAACAGCCGCCGAAAAGGGCAAAAAGACCAUCGAGCAAGAAUUGGAAACUCUUACAGCGGCCCUCUUUGAAGAGGCCAAUAAGAUGGUAGCCGCGGCCAAAAUCGAGCGGGAGGCGGUGGAGAAGAAGAACGAGCAAUUACGCUCACAAGUCAAAGAUACAGAGAUGCUCCUAGCGUCGCACCAGGAUCAGCUAGCUGAACUCAAGUCCGUCAUGCAAGGGAUGCACAUACACAAAGAUGAGGUCGAAACUCGCCCGGCCACCGCCCCUCCAUCGCCAGCUGGGCCUCCACAGGCUCCUGGUUCUACUAAGCCAGACUCUGAGCUGGAAGUUAUUCCAGCGUCAACUGAGAAUGACGAAGAACUCACACCCGGACCCUCUUGCAACUUCCCGCAGAUCCUACGCAUGAUCUGUCGGACUGACCUGCAGGCUUAUGAGGAUUUCCGUGACUUGCUGGUGCUUUCCCGCAGCUCUAAGCCCCCAAGUCGGGCCACUAGUGGAUCAUACGGAGGUCUAAACGUGAUGGGUCUGGCAAGCUUUGCAAGUGGUGGAGUCUCAUCAGUGACCUCAUCCCCCACCAAGGGAUUCUCGCAUUCGCCCAAUGGGAGUAUGUCUUCUACAACCGGGUCACAUAUUCCUUUGAAGGAAACCCGUUUCUAUAAGCGCGUGCUUAUGGAAGACAUUGAACCCACCCUCAGAUUGGACCUCGCGCCGGGGAUAUCAUGGUUGACUCGCCGUACCGUACUCAGUGGCAUAUGCGAAGGCAGUCUUGUCGUGGAGCCAAUGCCUACGGCAGCCAAGAAAUUCGAAUUCCCCUGCUCUGUCUGCGGUGAACGCAGGCCCGGCGCUCCGAAUGAAAGAACCCACCGUUUCCGCACAUCAGAUAGUGAAACUGCUCAGCGCUAUUCACUCUGUAUGCUUUGCUUAGAAAGAGUACGCUCAUGUUGCGAAUUUACUGGAUAUUUGCGCCUCAUUCUUGAUGGACACCUUCGGGCAGGUGAUACUGAAGAAGAGAAAGAAAUCUGGGAUGAGACCAUCCGCCUGCGAGAGCGAAUGUUCUGGUCUCGAAUCGGAGGCGGUAUACUCCCCUUGCAUCGUCCAGCAGAUUCAACUCAUACGGAAGCCACAGAGUUCAGUGUUAACCCUACUGGGGAGUAUGAUGAUCAGUACCUCCAUCCCGUGGAUGUUACCAAAAUCGAUCUCAAUACCGAGAGCGGAUCUUCAGGAACGGAACACACACUUGCACCUGAAACAGCUGAUUCUCGGUCUGUGGAUGAGAAUGCGAUCCCUUCCGGUGCGUCUCGGCCUCAAAGUUCCAUCUACGACCGAGAUGAAGAUGAUAUCGCUUCUAUCAUGGACGAGGAGCGCAAACGGAUUUCUGUAGAUUCGGAACACAGCAUCUACGAAGAAGCUGCCGCCGAGGUGGAUCUUGCUCCUGAUCACGGCACUGACGCUCCCAUUGUGCCCUCCAUUCAAGAGCCCGAGCCGCAAAAGCCCGAUACAGAAGAACUUGAUACAGAUAAUGCCAAACCUACUGGCCCGAGCAACUCUUAG